AUGGCCCACCAGCGGACUCAAACGUUUGAAGAUGAACCGGCGCUUAUACGGUGCCUUCCCCAAUUAAACAUCCUUCGCGCAGCCGGCAAGCUGACGGACAUGACUAUAGAGUUACAAAACAACAUCAGAGUGCAGGCACACAGAAUUGUUUUUGCUUCACGGAUGCCCUCACUGUGUGACGCUCUGUGUGAAAUCCCUACGAAUGGCCAGACUCUCGUGCUUCAGUGGCCAACAAUCUCUUCAGAAGUCGCCUCACCCUUCAUAAAUUACAUCUACACAGGGCAGCUUGAGAUCCAGGAAGCCAAUGCGGCGGGGCUGAUUAUGCUGUCGAAGCAAUUUGUAAUGCCCCAAAUAGAAGAGUGGGUAGUGAGAUAUAUGGCCGCCAGGCUGGAUUCUGAAAACAUAUCAAACUCCUGGGAACUCGCACAGUUGCUGAAGAGUGACAUGUUAAGUAACGCAUGCCUACAAUACAUAAAAGCGACGUUUGAGGUCACAGUUGCCAGUUAUGUCUUCACCCAGUUGCCACCUGAGGCAGUCCUCUUCCUGUUACGCUCGGACGAUCUUCAAGUGGCAAGCGAGGAGACCGUCUGCAACGCAAUUGGACGAUGGCUAACUCCACUCGGCGAGGUUGAUGAAACACGAUUAGUACACGCAGAGGCGUUGAUGAGGGAAGUACGUUGGUAUCAAGUUGAUGUCAACUUACGAUACCGGCUGCAGGAUGACGCUGGUAGCUUGUUGAAUAAAAAUAUGGAAUGUGUCAGCCCAUCUGACGUCAAUGGAAAAGCAAUUCGACCGACGUACAGUGCAAAACAAGCAUUGUUCCAUCCGGCACAGAUAGUGCUGGCAAAGGACUACAGAAAUAACCGGGAGAAGUGGACGCUUGGACGUCCUCAUGGAAAACCUGGUGACGUCAUCCAAGUGAUUAGGGUCCGCUCCGACAUUUGGGUGCGCCAAGUCAAUCAACUGAAACACAUGGAAUGUGCUGAUGUGUCAAAUGCAAACCCAACCUUUUCACUGGAACUACUGCUGGACACAUUCAGUCUGCCAAAGCCAAAGCAAGAAGCUGCAGUUCCAGUAGCAAGCCGACCUCCCAAAGCGUUUAGACGAUCAGCCCGAAAAAGAACGCGAACUGUUCCGCUGCAAGUGAAUCCACAGCUCAAAUCUUACCAUUCCUCUCAAGGGCCAGCUGCUGAGCCGCAAGCCAAUGGUGUCGCUACUUAUGCCAGGACAAUAUCUGAUUGGCCCGAUGGAUAUCGCUAUUGA